AUGCUGCCGCGCCUGGUAGUGCUGCUGGAGGUGCUCCUCAGCCUGCGCCUCGGCUCCUGCGCGCGCGGGACAGAUCUGCCCAGCCCUCCAUCUGUGUGGUUUGAAGCAGAAUUUUUCUCCCACGUCCUCCACUGGACUCCCAUCCCGAAACCGUCAAACAGCACCUACUAUGAAGUAGAGCUUCUGAGGUAUGGGCUAGAACCCUGGAAGUCCAUCCCCAGCUGCAGCCAGACCCAGGUGUCGUUCUGUGACCUCACUAUGGUGACCCUGGACCUGUACCACAACAAUGGCUACCGAGCCAAGGUCCGCACGGUGGAUGGAAACCAGUACUCCAACUGGACCUUCACCAACACCCGCUUCUCCGUGGAUGAAGUGACUCUCACGAUUGGCAGCAUGAAGCUAGAGGUGCACAAUGGCAUCAUCCUCGGGAAGAUCCAGCCCCCUAGGCCCAAGAUAGCCCCUGCGGGCGACACUUACGAAAGCAUCUUCCAACACUUCCGCGAGUAUGAGAUUCAGAUUCGCAAGGUGCCGGGGAACUACACGUUCACAAAGGAGAAGGUGAAGCAUGAAAACUUCAGCCUCUCACCCCCUGGAGAUCUGGGAGAGUUCUGUGUCAAGGUGAAGCCAUCUCUGAGCUCCCGACUGAACAAGGGGGUAUGGUCCAAGGAGGAGUGCGUUGUGCUCACCCGGCAGUAUUUCACCACAACCAACCUCAGCAUCUUCUUCACCUUCGUCCUGCUUCUGUGUGGAGCCCUGGCCUACUGCCUGGCCCUCCAUCUGUACGUGCGGCGCCGGAGGAAGCUGCCCACCGUCCUGGUCUUCGAGAAGCCCCAGGCCUCCAGCUUUUUCAGCCAGCUUCCCUGCCCCGAGCCCCAGGACGCCAUCCAUCCCCUGGAUGAGGAGGCCUUCCCCAAAGUGUCCCCAGAGCUGAAGAACUCGGAACUGCACGGCAGCACGGACAGUGGCUUUGGCAGUGCCAAGCCAUCCCUGCAAAAUGAAGAGCUCCAGUUCCUCCUCCCUGCCCCCCACCCCCAGGCUGGGGGCACCACGGGCAAGGGGGCACCCCUGGAGCUGGAGGGCAGCAGCGGCAGCAGCAGCAGCACAGACAGUGGGAUCUGCCUGCAGGAGCCUGGCCUGAGUCCCAGCACUGGCCCCAGCUGGGAGCGGCGGGUGGGGGACAGCAGCCCGGGCCAGGAUGACAGUGGCAUCGGCCUAGUCCAAAACUCUGAGGGGCAGCCUGGGGACAGGCAGGGUGGCUCCGCCUUGGGCCCUGUCAAUGCCCCCGGGCCUGAGGAGCCUGGGGAAGAAGACCCAGCCUCAGUGGCAUUCCGGGGCUACCUGAAGCAGACCAGAUGCACAGAGGAGAAAGCAGCCAAGACAGGCUGCCUGGAGGAAGAGCCCUCCUCGACAGAUAGCCUUGGCCCCAGGUUCAGGACGUGCCUGGAUGCCGAGGCAGGCUGGCCUCUACCAGUGCUGGCCAAGGGCUAUUUGAAACAGGACCCAGGAAUGACUGUCACUCCCUCGGAGACCUCAACUGUACAGUGGGACCAGCCAAUGGAGGAAUGGUCGCUCCUGGGCUUGACCAGCUGUGCUGACCUAGGAGCAUCUGACUGGAGCUUGGCCCAUGAUCUUGCCCCUGUGGACUGUGUGGCAGCCCCAGGCGGUCUCCUGGACAGUUUCGACUCAAACCUGGUCACCCUGCCACUGAUCUCCAGCCUCCACUCCAAUGAGUGA